AACCAUGAAUGGAGAUGUUUUUUGUUUUUAACAAAUAUAGUUUUCUGUAACGAAACAUGUAUGAUGUAAUAAGAAAAAUGUUAGUUAAAGUCAGUACAAUGAUUAUCUUUUUUCAUGUGAAUGCUUCGUUUUAUAAUGUAAUUUUCAAGUAUUGAGUAUUGAGUCUUGCAAGAAUUGUGGCUUGCUGCAAAUAAGAGUGGCCACCUGAUUAGGGAAGAAAGAAAAGAGUAAUACGCCAGUACAAUUUUUUAGCAAAUCAUCAACAUACAAAAUGGUUGGAAAAGGUAAAGAAAGAAACCACAACUGAAUUAACAAAUUAUGUACCUUUUUGCAUUUUUAACCGAAUGACAAUACAUACUACUGGUUUUCGGUCACACAAAACGAACGGCAGGAUCGUUUAUGUGUCGUGUAUCUGUGCAUACACAUAUGGUUGGAAAAAGGGAAGGCAGGACACGGAUAUGGUUUACUGAAUUGUCUUGCGGUUUUCUAUCAAUUGCAGAUGCAACGGAUAAGCUACGAAAGUCUUUUUCCAUCCGUUUUUUGAUGCGAUUGGAAUUAAAUUUUAUUUUUCUAGGUCGAAAACUAACGGAUCGGCUUGUUGGAAUUGGAACGUGGAAUGUCAGUAUAUAUUUAGGAAAAAGCAAACACAUAUUUAUACUAAAACGCAAGCGAUCGUCGAUUUUUCUGCUUUUUGGUUUUAUGGUAUUCUGAGCGUACUUGAGACUAUUUCUCGGUAGGAAAUUGAACGCUAUAGACAAAUAUUAAAUAUAAAAUAAAUAGAUUUCAUCUUGAAGGAAUGUCCGGGGGGAGCAGCAGCAUAAAAUUAUGAUGAUGCUGUUUUGCAUAAUUCGUACCAGCGGACAAACUGUUGUUGUUUCGGUACAAGCAGAGCAAACUUUCGCACGAAAAUAAUGUUACUGAGUAAAACAAAUAGCAAAACCACAAUUCCACCAACCAGUGUGUGUGUGUGUGUCCGAUUCUCCAAGGUGUAAAAAUUCUUCCAGGAGGGACAGUUUCGUUUCGUUCCUUUGUCGGAAACUUUUUGUUAAUCGUCGUGUACAUGAAUAAUCGUGAAUUAUAGAAAUCCAAAACAAACCAACAUUAAGAGACGGAAAUCAAAUAAACCAAAAUUAAACCACCAUAAAGGAAAUCAAACAAUUCCAAACAUAUGUGUAUUUGCACCAGUUCGGUGUACCGAAUCCAUCAGAUACAACACCACCCAUAUACUUGUACCACCCGUUGCCAGAGAGGCGCAACACUUGAAUCUAAACCGAGGGCCAUAAUGUAAAGCAGUCCGUUGAUUAGAAAAGGAAGGUAAAUUGAAAUGGUACCGCUGGAACACAGACUGUGCAGAACGGAUAUUAAAAUCGAACGAUUAUGAUAAAGUGAUAACAAGAACGCGGUGGGAGAAAAGAAGGAGUGUAAGGAGGCUGAAUGUGUAUAACAAUCGAAACAAUUGCAACGUUAAAUAAAGUAAUUACACUAAUAACACUAUUAAUCGCAUACCAAUUGAAUCUUGCAGUGCAGCAGAAUAACCAAUGUCGUAUCGGGGAUUACUACAGGAGUUUAAAUUCAAAGCGGAAAGCUUAACACAACGGGAUACGAAUGAUUUACGAACGACGAAAACUAUAUAUCGCGUUAUGUGCGGGUUAAUAAUCAUACGCUGCGUACGUCACCUUGUUUCAAACCCAUCCCCCAAAUUAAUGUCAUUUUGAAAACACACAAUUAGAUGAUAUAUUUUAACGCAUAAUUAGUUGUAUAUGUCCAAUUGCGAAAAAGGCGAGAAUUUUAAACAUAAUAGUGGUCAACACAAGACAAACACACACACACACACAAACAAUGCACAAACACAGAUUAACACUAAUUGACAGGGAAGCGAUUGUAAACGAGGAAUGGAUAGUAGUCACGUGGAACAAAUUAACCAAUGCUAGGAGAGGUAGGAGAUAGAGAAGAGUGAAAAAAACACACACUACUUCCUGCACGAUGGUCAACUAAAGAAAUAAAACAAAAAACGCAAAUAAAAUUAAAUAAAAAUUCACUAACAACAACACAGAAUUGUAGUGCAAGUUUUGCACAAAGAGCAAACAGGACGAGAAACGCGAAGAAGAUAAACAAGUUUACAAAAAUAUAAUUUGGUGUAAAAAAAAAACUGGUAGUAAUUUUUAUUUUCUUUUUUUGCCAUUUAUUUGGUCCAGGUUGAUGACAAUGCCCGUUUCGACUGCUGCUUAAUUCAAUAAAGUUGCACUACUUCUUCAUGUGUUGCACUAACACACAUAUCUGUUAAAAUUGGACGCUUCAUGUAUGACCUUUCGGUGGUAAGAUACCCAUUGCUUAUCAGAUUAGAAGGCGUAGGGAAGUUUUGAUAAGAGAAUACCUCAGUUGUUUAGUGCUAUCCGAACCGUUCAUGUGUGAAGAUCGAUUUGUAAUUCUAGUAACAAUAACUUAAUAUCAAAACGUAUUUAGUUGUCGAAUGGUGAUUGAUAUGACUCGCAUUAAUCCAUUGCCAUAAGUUAUCAUACAAAAUAUUUAUGGAAAUUCGAUAUUGUCUAUAUAAAAUAUGUAUGUCAUAACAAUUUCUUCCGGAUUGGCGUGAGCACUUAUUUUCACGAAGAUACGAUAAAGAACAUCAUAUGACAGGUAGUUAGUCAUCGAAACCGCACCUAAACAAGACACUGAUAAAAAGAAGUGUUUAGAUUAAGGGAGAUAAGACAUUUAUUGGUGUGUGGUGUGUGUGUGUUGAAAGUGUGAAUGAACCAAACCUCCAACAAACGCGGAAUGAAACGUCUGUUGAAUGUUUUCAGUGUACGGCUUUUUCUGGCCUCUUUAAUAAUAAUUGGGUUUGUGAAAAUUGCCGAAGGAAAUUAUAACAUACCCGAAGAACUGAUUCACUGCUAUCGCGGAAAUGGGACACUUCCGGGACCACCACAUACGUUACCAUUUCUGUUGGAGCUGAUACGAAAGAUCGAGCGCCAUAAUCCUACCACGCUGGAUAUACGUAUGCUUAGUGCGGAACUCAUUCACCGAUUACGCGUGGAUGGCAUUGAAAAGGUUCCAGGGGUGGCCGAAACAGAAUGGGUCACUCCGCACAGUCCGCGUGGUAUAAUGGUGCCGAAGUAUGCACUCCAACGGCAGUUGGUAUCAAACGUACCGGGACGAAUUGAUUUCGAAGCCUUCUUGACACCGUUCGAAAUCUGUAACCUGCACCGGAUGUUGAGCAGUUCCGUCGAACCCUUCCAGCGUGACGAUGAACGGAUUACCUGCCCAAUUACACUGAUGAGUAACGAUGGAAACGCGCAAGCACCUUGGAUCACUCGGAAUAAAUCGCAGAAGAGUAAUUCCAAUCAGACGACCUUUGCACGUCCUUUAUCCCGCUGUCCACUGGAACGGGGAACUUGUCAUACAGCUGACUACGGUACGAUUUCACCAGGUGUAGUCAUCAUGUCGAUUGCUGCCGGUCUUCAGCCACAGAACGUACUGAUUAGCGAGUUUGUGACGGCUUACAGGAAGAAAAAUCCAUACGAAAAUUUGGAAACCAUGGACAAGGCGGACACACGCAAACAAUUGGAGAAAUUGUUUGCAUCGCUUGAAUCGAUCGAUAACAUGUACGCAGCCGGUUUGGCGGGUGAUUUGGCUGAGGUAUGUCUGUACCAAGGACCGACACUUAUCAGGGAUGUUGUAAUCGGACUGGCUGGAAGCUGGAACGACACGUACUUUCCACGCGCUCGCUAUCUGAGCGAGAACCACGCGGGUCGGUGGGAAAUGACGGACAGUGAAAUAUUGGCCGGCAUCGAUGGGUUCUUUCUGGCGCAGCAAACUCCCCAACUUUACAAACGUUUGCGUCGCUUGCGACUCUCCCAAGUGCUGGAGAUGUUCUACAGCGAUCGUGGCAUACCUGUUACCGCUAUCGAAACAAUCUCCCAUCGAAGACGCAUUGGGUUUGGACAAGGUAGACCACCAAAAACUGGCUCUCUGCAAUCUGGCGGGAAAGAUACUGAGUCAAUGGAAAGGGAACAGUUCAGUGCGAAAGCGAUUGGAGGCACACGGUUCCACGCGGUCUUUGACGGUGAGGAGAUUGAAGAAAAGCCAACGCAAAAGCAAUCAAUGGAUGUAACACGUGCGUGCCAACGGAAAGACAUUCUCCGUUCAAUCGAAAAGGAUAAGCUUAAGCAGGAAACGUAUAAAUUUGUUGAACUGUUGCAAUACACUACCGGCAGUGUGAUCGUCGAUGAACGUCUUAUGCAAAACAUCUGUAACGCGACGGUUGAUCAAUUUGUAGACCAAGCCAAUCUGCUACUCGACACCGUUGCCGACUGUCCGACAAUGUCCGGCUCGGGAAAGUCUACCGUAAAACCAAACGUGGAUCUGACGGUUGUGCUAGACGGUUCUCGUGAUGAGUAUCGCAAUCUGCAGCUAAUUUCCUAUUUGGUGAAUUUAAUUGACGUCUCCAGCUACGGAUCAUCUCUCUCCGUUGUACAAGGCACCACUGGUCAAUACAUUGUGAAUAAAACGAACAGUAUAUCUACGGCAUUCGAGCAACUUCUUCGCUUUCGGGGAUCGUUUCCCCAGCAGCUGUCGCUGUCUCGAAGUUUUGCCUCGAUCGUUACUACUCUUGCGGCACAAAUGGAUGAUGAGAGAUCCAAUUUUACUGUCGGUUCCAAUGCUCCAGUCGUGCUGGUAUUCGCUCAGUCGCAUCGUAUAACAAAUACAGACUUUGAAAGUGCUCGCCGAAUGCUGCGCGGAUCAUUUGAACAGUUUCCCGAUCUUUAUUUCGGUUUUGUCACUAACGAUGCGGCCACAUUCCGACAGUUGACGAAUUUUAACGAUACAUCUCACAGCCGAUCGACAGACGAGCAUUAUCACAUUAUUGAAGCUUCCCAAAUAGCGAUCGUUAGUUUUGCUGAUCAACUCGCACAAAUGUUACACAGUAUACCUCAACGUUUAAUGGCGCCCAAUUGCCACACCGCCAGUAAUCGUGAUUUUUGGCGUGCAGCAGUAGUUCGUGAAGAAUAUGAACAGUACCUUACGCCGGGUGUUGAGUUGCGGUAUCGCUUGGGGCAGCUGUUCCUGCGCAACAGUGAGAACAUUCGCGUACAGUUCAUGAACACGGAUUAUGGUGAGUUUACCGUGUGUGAAGGGCGAAACCAUCGAACUGCUCCCGACAAGUGCCAAACAACGGGUCCGGGCGCCGAAAGUCUGUGGUUUAAUCACACCCGUCCGUGCGAUGGAUUGAUGGAUCAGGCGUGUCGAUCGCUCUACUAUGCCGUACGUUUGGAAAGUUCAAAUGUGUUGUGCAACGAAAACGAUUGUCGCUACCCGGAUCAGGUACGGUUCGUUAUCCGACACGAAGGUAUUCGAUGCAUGGGCGAUGAUAGUGGUGCGGAAAGGACACACCUUUUACAUUCCCUUUGGAUGAUCAUUUGUAUAGCAACGAUCGUUAGGUUAUUUUCAUAAGAAUAAUUAUAAUCUUAAGUUAUUCCAAACACCAUCCCACCUGUGUUUGAUUUUAUCUUAGUUGCACAAAUAAAUUUCAUUGUAAGGGAUGAAAUUGAAGAAAAUUAUUUGAAAUAUAUCGAAGCUUUUAAGAAUACUA